UACCGGUAUGUUUAUUAUUCAUUUAAUCGAUAUAUCGAUCCGAUCGAUUAAAACGAUUUUCGAGUUUUUAGCCGGAUUGCCACGCGCGCAUGUAAGCAGUCGACGUAUCAUUUGCGUCCUGUCAAAUCAAAGUAGCUAGAAUAAGGAGUUGUUACUUUGCAAUGCAAAGUGUAUCUUACAUUAUUAAAACAUGGGUUUUUUGGAGGAUACUUUUGUGAUCCUUGUUACACAGGUGGAAACCCAUUUAUAAUUCUAAUGAACCAUUGACAUUGCAUUACGAAAAAAGAGGGUAAUAUUUUUCUUGGGAGGAUGGAUAUUUUUUGUAAAAAAAUUAUUUCGUGACUAUGAAGUACAUCACAGAUUAGUGCAGUUAAUUUUUUCUACAACAUUUUCAUUAUCAUGUACUAUGUUUGAACUAAUUAUUUUUGAAAUAAUUCGGGUUCUUGAUUCAAGUUCUAGAUAUUUUCAUUGGAAUGUUGGACUAUAUAUGCUUUUAUUUAUGGUAAUAGUUCUUAUACCAUUUUACAUAGCAUAUUUCAUUAUCAGUAACAUUAGAUUUGUAAGACUGAAUUGGAUAAGGCCACUUACAAUCAUAGUAUAUCUUUUUUACCUCUACUUAUUUUGGAAAAUUGGUGACCCUUUUCCAAUAUUGAGUCCAAAGAAAGGAUUAUUAUCAAUAGAGCAAGGUGUAAGUCGGAUAGGUGUUAUAGGAGUUACUGUUAUGGCACUUUUAUCAGGUUUUGGUGCUGUAAAUUACCCAUAUUCAUCUAUGGCCUAUUUUAUGCGGCCUGUGUCUUAUGCUGAUGUACAAGCUAUAGAAAAACGUUUAUUACAAACAAUGGAUAUGAUUAUAGUUAAGAAAAAAAGGAUAGCACUUGCCAAAAAAGGUGAAAUGAUUGGGCAAAGCGAAGUUCGUUCACGUCUUUGGGGAAUGUUAGGUCCAUUAGGUGGUACGAAAGGGAAUCAAGAAACUAUAAAACAAUUACAAAUAGAAGUUAUAGCAUUAGAAGAAUUAUCUAGACAAUUAUUUCUAGAAGCACAUGAUAUUCAAAAUGCUAGAGAACGUUUAGAAUGGGCAGCCACAUGGCAAGGAAAAUAUUUUAAUUUUCUUGGCUAUUUCUUUUCAUUAUAUUGCAUUUGGAAAAUAUUAAUAUCCACAAUCAACAUAGUCUUUGAUCGCGUUGGUAAAAAGGAUCCUGUUACCAGAGGAAUUGAAAUUGCUGUUCAUUGGAUGGGUUUUGAUAUAGAUGUUACAUUUUGGUCACAACAUAUAUCCUUCUAUUUAGUUGGAUGUAUUGUUUUGACUUCUAUUCGUGGAUUGUUGUUAACUCUUACAAAGUUCUUUUAUGCUAUAUCAAGCAGCAAAUCCUCAAAUAUUAUUGUACUUAUACUUGCACAAAUAAUGGGAAUGUAUUUUGUGUCCUCUGUAUUACUUAUGCGCAUGAAUAUGCCUGCUGAAUACAGAAUAAUUAUAACACAAGUUUUGGGUGAACUUCAGUUUAAUUUCUAUCACAGAUGGUUUGAUGUAAUCUUUUUGGUAUCUGCAUUAUCAUCUAUAGUGUUUUUGUAUCUGGCCCAUAAGCAAGCACCAACGGAACGAACAUGACUAAAUAAAUGACUUUUGUGAACUAAAUAUAAUUUUAUUGUUAUUCUGCACUACACAAAACAAGCCUUCAAUUGUAUAUAAAUCAAUAUUUUUCAUUAAA